GAUGAAAUCAAUUCAGAUACGCAAAGUCUUGCAAAAAUGGGCCAGUACUGGAAAUUCGUCAACAUCGACAGGAAAGAGCGAUUGCGCAACACAGGGGGACUCAAGUUGUGGGAAAUGCUCAUGAACGGCUGUUUUGAGCAGUUGGUCGACCUCUUGCAGAAGCCGAAAUGGAUUGCUCUCAGUAGCGGGACCCAAGUACAGGCCAAAUCAAGGAGUGAUGCAUCCACACUGCUCACACUUCCCCGGGAAGUAAUCGAUAUGAUUGUUCACGAACUUUGCAGUGACUCGCCAGAGAGUCUUAUCUGCCUCUCCCUGACAUGCGCCUGGUUCUUUCGACUUCUCGGCCUGGAAUUUCAGAAGAUCUUGGCAGCUGACAGCGCGCCGUGGGCGGGCCACCGCCUAAUAUUUGUUGGCGAUUAUGCUGAUGGCCUGGACCUUGGAGAUAUUUGCACAAGCGAAGAGCUCCAGCAUUUUGAGAAGUGCCAGGAGAAGUGGGGUGACAACCCGCUAUAUUGCAUGCCCGAAGGCAUCAUGCGUACAAGGAACGAGCACACCGAUGCAGGUGGAGGAUGGUACGAAGACGGUACAGGCGCCAAUACACGCCGGCCAGGGGAUUUGGAAGAGCUCGUAAAGGAAAGGCUCAUGCUCAACGACUUGUCACUGUUCAAUCGACUUGCGAACCUCGCGAGGAGGCCACACCUGACCACUGGCCAUGGUGCUGCAGUCCUUCGCAAUCUUACAGCCAAACAGUAUGUCCGGGACAAAGCUAUCGCUGAGUCUGACUAUGCGUACAGUCUCGGCGAGGUCGUUGCAGUCUUCACAACGUGGACCGAUGAUCCUUCCGGUUUGGGGGGUCUGGAUGCCCAAGGCUUGUGGGCAGGCCACCGUUUCGACAUCGCGACCAUAGCCGAUGUAUCGGAGGACGGGUGGACUGACGUUAGUGAGCUGGCUGUCGAAAACCUGAUGAAAUCUACGGAGAGGGAGAAGAAAGAUGGGAAACGGGCUGGUGACACGCUUGUCAAGGAUACGUCCGAUGACAGCUCCGACGAUGACAGCUCUUGACUCGAGGAGAGGAAUUUGGACUCACAGGUCCCCGCCGGAUCAAGACAGCGUGUAGUAUUUCUGACACGGUGCUUUUAUAUGGCGUAGUGACUCCUGGAAACAGUUUCAAUGAUUAUUAGGUGCAAGCUUCUUGGGAUGAGCAAUGUGGUUUCGCUUCUAUUCCUUAUACGUCCGAGGACAUAUAUAGGGCCUUU